AUGUUCGCAAUUCCUCCCUUGUACUGGCGGCAGAAGCUGCCGCUGAUGAUGCGACGCAAAACCCCUCCAACUGCAAUCGGCCGUUUUUUCUCUCCCAGCGCUGAAAGGUUGGCACUGGUGUGGAGGUUCCAAAAGAAAUCCGGAAGCUCGUCUCCGUAGUAGAAGACUUUAAAGCUGAAGUCCGCCAAGGUUUCAGUAAAAAAAUCACUCAUCCCACCAGCUUGGAGAUACGAAAAACGAAGACCAUCAGGCCCCGGAGCACUCUGAGGGUUGGCUUUCUUUACCGUCUGCUUGAUGAACUUGAUUUCGAAUGGUUCAUCACCUUCGGUGACGGAGUCUAUCCUGUGCGUUUAAAUACUAUCUCCCGCAGCUUUGAUGCUGGAAUCCCACGCAGUAGCAAUAUCGUCAGGAUCUUCGUUAGGGUGUAGGUUGCGAAGAUGCUCCAGCGUGUCGUUGUUGCGCGGUGAAGGUGCUGGGGAAAUUAAGGCACUGGCAGCUUUAGUGAUGCCUCCGCUUUCGUGCGCAAGUCUUGUGGCUCUUCUUUGGCGAUUGUCUUCAGUAUCCGCAUAAUACUGAAGUCGACGAUUCUUCUCGUACAUCAUGAGCCAGGCGAUAGGUUCACUCAGAUCACCAUUUGCAAAGCGGUUAAAUCGGGAUACCCUGUUCAUCCUUCCAUCAGUCGAUCCAUGCAAUGCUGGGGUAAGAUGAAGCAACUUUGUUGCUCGGACAAGUUGGAGUUGUCUUUCAACACGUGCUAGUUCAUAUCUUUCCGCUGGAAGAGGAGACAGAUCUGAGGUAUCUGACUUCUGCUGAUCUAUGUGUACAGCUCCAAGUGCUUGCACGAAGAGGAUGACGACAUGUUGGAAGUG